GUAAAUAAAUUUGAGGCACCUGAUCGUUACACGUACCCAUCUCGGUCCAGAAAACAUACCCAACCGGCCGCUAAUUGCAUCUCCGACGCCCGACGGGCAUAACAAUUAACAACCCACAAUGGAAGAAAUCCCAAAACGAGAAGAACACGAAGAAGAACGAGGAGGAGAUCAAAUUCAAGAUCAAGAAGAAUCAAGCAGAAGAAACCAAUGGGAAGAAGAGAUGUACUGGACCCAUUUCCAAUUCACCCAUUUCUGCAUCUCUCUCCCCUCCGCCUUCCUUCACUCCCUCGAAAUCCCGGCAAAAUUUUCCGUCAAUUCCAAGCACAAAUUACCGGAGUCGGUCACGAUGACGGGCCCCGGCGGGGCCAACUGGAUGGUGGGCCUGACGACGGGCCCAAAUGACGCGGUGAUGUUCGGCCCGGGGUGGAGGGAAUUCGCCCUCGACAAUUCUCUGCGGGCCAACGACCUUCUGGUGUUCAAGUACGACGGCGGCUCCCGUUUCGACGUUCUGAUAAUCGAUGGCCGUAGCUCGUGUGAGAAGGCCGCUCCUUAUUUCGCCGGGAGGAGUGUUGUUGCCGGUGCUCCUCUUGCUGCUGACGAUCGGUCCCGGGCGGUAAUCAAACGGCGCCGUCUGGGGUCCGAUUAUGAUCACGUGGAAUCGAGUUCGAAACCGACGGAGGUGGCAAAAGAGGAGGAACGGAAACGGAAAUCGGCGAUGAGGAAGGCGAGAUUGGCGGAAACGGAAGGCGGAUUCAUUGCCGUCAUGAAGGCCAGUCACAUUUGCCGGAAAUACUACCUGUCGCUUCCGCUGACGUGGAUGAAGAGGCACCUCGGAGUCGAAGCACCGGAGCAAGCGGUGAUUCUGCGGACGGAGGACGGCGGGAAGUGGCCGGUGAAAUUCAGGAUGCGGAGCGACUGCUGCAGGGGAGGGCUGUCGACAGGAUGGAGGCAGUUCGCCUUUGACAACAACCUGCGCCUCUUCGACGUUUGCUUGUUCCAAAUCGCCGGCGAUGUUGUUGCCGGCCCGGACGCCGUCGUUUCUCUAGAUGUCAAAAUCUUUCGUUGCGAUGGCUGAUCAUGUUGGUCUGUUUUUUUUUUUUUUUUUUUCUUGGGCAUUGACGAGUUCAGUUGUUUCAUUUUGGAAGCACACUGACGAUCGAGUUUGUCUCUGGCUUCUUUCGCUUGCAAAAUGUGGGCUAAUUAGAAUAAAAGGUCACAAAUCUA